GUGUUGUUCCAAAUCAUGCUGUGGAAUGGCGAACGGGAAGGGGGAAAUUCAACAAGCUUAUGUACAGGAGAGUGAUUCGUCAAACGCAGUGGAGUAUAACAGUGGCACCUCCCCAACCUAUUGUGCAGAUGCAAUUGUUAGAGAAUUCUGAAACAGUGGUUUAUUAAGUUUAUUGAGGAACUGAGGAAAAAAUAAUGCCAUCAUUAAAGUGACAGAAGGAGAAGAUAAUGUCACUGUACCGGGGGAAAGUGAGAUGCACCAGAAGACCUACAAUUUUGAUGAUAUUUUGACAGAUAUAUCCCCCGAGUCUUCUGGUGGAAUGGAGGAUGGAUUCAGAGAAUUUGCAGUACUUCUCUGUGGCCUAGGACUCACUGUGGAUGAAAUCAGACUUGUGAAACAACGCAAUAUCGACAUAGAGACAUUUCUAGCAUUAAAAGACACUGACUUAAAAAUUAUUGGAAUUGAGGAUGAGGAACGAAGACGUAAGCUAAUUGAAGACAUGCAAAAUCUCUCGUCAAAACAACAGCCUCAGGAAAAUAAGGCACAUAUGAAAUCCAAUUCCGCAAUUAGUGUACAAGAAGGGCAGCAAAUUGUAUCUUUGACUGCAACACAUUUAGAAGAGCUGGAUUUGGUACUGGACACCCUGUUAAAGGCAGUCGCCCAAAAUUAUGACGACGCUUUUGUGGAUGAACAGUACUCCUCUAAAGCCGUCUUGCUUGUGGUAUUGCAAUUGGCGAUGGAGCAAGCAUAUUGUCUCCAUAACCAGCUUCAAAAACUGCCUGGAGAAUUGUCUCAGAUGAGAAAGCAGUCCGACAGUCGGAGGGUGAAAUAUUUCUCCUCGAAAGUCGUGGGGCUUUUGGUGCCUGCCACAGCAGUGGCAGUGAUAGCGUUUUGGAAAAUGAAAAAACAUUUACUCUCACAUAUUGUGUGAAACAUUUUUAAAAAGUAUGCCCAUUGAGAACAUAAGACUGCUUAUGUCUUUAAAUUAUUAUUUGUGUUGUAAGAUAAGACAUUAUUUAUUACUGGCUUACCGUAAUACAGACAUAAUUGCAGAUAAUUUCAUUACAACACACAGCAGUAUAUUGUUUUUAUUUCCAUUGAUCUCAAAUCCAGAAGAAGAAAAUGCACAGCACAUCAAA